UAGCUGUGGAUCAUACACAUGUACGUGCUGGACUCCAGAUACCCUUUGCGACGACAGCGAUUGCAGUAGCAGGUGGUAACCGGAGACCCGGAGCCCGACACCGGAGGGCGAGAUGAACGCGCUGGCUUCCCGAGCCAUCCGGAUCCGCGAUCGCUUGUGGCAGCCCGAGCCGGCCCUCCUGCCCCCAGGGUGACGCACAGCCCCGAGUCGCACAGACAGAUGGCUCCAGGCCAAGUGCCCCACCAGUCUGCCCCCUGGAGGGGCUCCCACCCCUUUUUCCUCCUGUCCCCGCUGAUGGGCCUUCUCAGCAGGGCCUGGAGCCACCUGAGGGGCCCAGGCCCUCCGGAACCCUGGCUCUUAGAACCAGUAGCCAGAGCGGAUCAAGGAGAAGCUGGUCCGGAGCCAGAUGCUAAGACUUUCCUGGCCACUCUCCGCGCCCCAGAGGGCAGGCACUUUCCAGGGGAGACAGAUGGACGAGGGUUCUGGGGGCCCGGCCAUGACCUAAGAGCCAGCCGUUCUCUUCUUGAAGCCCGGGGACUUUCAGAUGAUGAUGAUGAUGAUGAUGGAGAGGAUGGGGGGGAACAAACAACCACCAGGGUCCCUCAAGAGCAAGGAAGUGCAUUUGUGGAUGGCCGGCCUGCUCCCCUGUCCCCCAGUCUUCCAGAAAGAAUGCUGCAGGGCCUUUCUGGGGAGGAAGAGCCUGAGCAAGGAGGGGCUGCUGAAGUCGAAAUGGUCACAUUUUCCUCUUUUCCUCCAUCACCCUGGGAGUGUUGUACCGGAGAGGAGGCAGAGGAAGGAGAAGCUGUAAACAAAGAAGCUGCCAGAACACCUACUUUCCCUUUAUCUCCAGGAUCCAGGCCCAAAGUUUGGGCGUAUCGUGCUGGGGAGGAAGGAGAUCAAGUGACAGAGGAAAAAAAGACAGAAAAUACAGAAGCCAUAAAGAGCUCCAUUUCCGCGUCAUCAUCAGGCUUUCACCCUGGGGCCUGGGAGUGUGGUUCAGGAGAGGAGUCUCAGGAGGAGGAAGACGAUGUGAGUGACUCAGGAGCAGCUGAGGAGGAGGGAGAAGCUGAGAGGCCCUCUUCCAUUUCACCCACAAGUGCCUUCAUCAGGGCCUGGGUGUAUCAGCCAGGGGAGGACACAGAGGAGGAGUCUGAGGAGGAGGAAGAUGAAUUCAGUGACUCAGGAGCAGCUGAGGAGGAGGGAGAAGCUGAGAGGCCCUCUUCCAUUUCACCCACAAAUGCCUUCAUCAGGGCCUGGGUGUAUCGGCCGGGGGAGGACACAGAGGAGGAGUCUGAGGAGGAGGAAGAUGAGUUGAGUGACUCAGCUGAGGAGGAGGGAGAAGCUGAGAGGCCCUCUUCCAUCCCACCCACAAGUGCCUUCAUCAGGGCCUGGGUGUAUCGGCCAGGGGAGGACACAGAGGAGGAAGAUGAGAAUGAGGAGGAAGAGGAUUCAGAAGCCACUGACUCAGCGCCAAGGCCCUCCCUUCAGGCUCAGAGCGCCCUCCUCAGGGGCUGGAGCUGUCAGCCGGGAAAGGACCUGGAGGGAAGGGAAGUUGCUGAGGAGCGGGGAGAAGCUGAGCCCCACCCCUUCCGAGUGGCCAUCUAUUUACCUGGAGAGAGGCCACCACCCCCCUGGGCUCCUCCUCAGCUACCCGUCCGACUGCAGAGGCGACUCAAGUCCACAGAAACCCCCACCCGGCAUCCUGACCCUGAGACUCCCGGAAAGGCCAGAAAGGUACGUUUCUCUGAGAAGGUCUCUGUCCGUCUACUCGCUGUCUGGGCAGGACCAGCCCGGGCCGCCCGCCGGGGACCCUGGGAACAGCUCGCCCGAGAUCGAAGUCGCUUUGCCCGUCGCAUUGCCCAGGCCCAGGAGCAGCUGGGCCCCUGUCUCACCCCUGCUGCCCGGGCCAGAGCCUGGGCCCGCCUCGGGAACCCUCCGCCUCCUCUGGCCGUCACACCCACUCCUACCCAGAUCUUACCAUCACCCUCCAUCCAGGCCACACUCCUGAGCCCUUAUAGGCCAUCUUCCUUCGCCCCCCUGUCCCUGUCUCCUGGCCUGGACCUCAGUGGGAGGCGUGGCUAAGAUCAUGUAGUUUCAUGUUUAUAUUAUUUAUUUAUUAUUUUGUAUAUUGUUUUAUAUAACAAAUAAACUUUAUUUGUAGCAAGCCAUGUCCUUGUCACUAUACGUAUCUGAACUGACUGUAUCCACUAUGCUCAGGAUUAAGGAGAGUACUUGGUAGAGAAUAAACUUGUAUUUCCUGUCAUCACACAAA